AUGACUCGUACAGAAGACAUAUUCAAUCAAUUUAUUAAUUUGAAGUUGAUUAAAAAUCAAAUUGAAAAUUCUGCAGAUAUCAAUGAGGUUAGGAAGGGUUUCCAAGAGCUAUGCGGUAUGUUUGAGUUAUCAAAUAUAAUAAAUUCCCUCCUAAUACAAAAAUUUCAACAACAUAAUCAAGAAAAUCAGAAAAUUACACAACAAAAUGAAGAAAUCAAAAGACUUAACGAUAAAAUGCUUGAAACAGAAAUAGUUUUACGAAACACAUGCAAAAUUAAUAAGAAAUUACAAAGAAAAAUCGAAGAUUUGCAAUCAUCUAAAGAAAAUGCAACAAAACUAAAGAAUCAGCUUGCAAAAUCAUGCGAAUUAAUACAUAGACUACAAACAGAUCAAGAAAGUUUACAAUUAAAGCUUGCAAAACAAGAAUCUUAUCGAAUUGAAAUUGCAAAGUUAAAAAGCGAUAAUGAUGAUCUUUCUUAUCAAGUUAGACAACUUACGGAAAAGCUAAAUAAUAAUUCCCAGCAUCUUUCAACGGCAAAACACCUUGCAAAACAAUUUAAAUCAAAAUUAAUUAAAAACAAACAGAAAUUUCAACAACUCAAAGAAAGAUACGACCUUAUUAAGCAAAAUGAGAAAGAUAAUGGCGUAUUUACUUAUAUUGCAAUGAUUGCUGACAGUUUGGGAACAAAAAUUAGUGGAAUUGAUAUUAAAAAUGACGUAGAUCAUAUUUGCCAAUAUUCAUCAAAUCUAAAAAGAGCUCUAUCAGGUAAUCCUUCUCAAAGUUAUCCUUUGAAACAAAAAUUUGAUAAUUUGACAAAAGAUAUUCUCGAAUUUGAGGAAUAUGCAAGACAAAUAAGCUUUAAAUGA